UGGAGGGAAGCUGGGGAGGCUUUGGCGGCUUGGGAGACCAUUUAACUUUAAUAUUACUGAACCUCUGAAAGGGUCCCAAAAUGGCAGACACUGGUGAGGAAUUUGAUGAUCUUGAGGAAGAAGAAUUUGACGAGUAUUAUGAGGAGUAUACAACAACUACUACUACUACAACAACAAGCACGGGUUUCUCUGAGCAAAAGACUGAGUCUCAACAGCCAUUAAAGCAAGGCUUGCCUACAAGGAAAGUCAGGAAGAGGGUCAAAGUGGAUACUUCCAAGUUCAUGACUCCAUACCUGGCCCAUAGCCAGAAGAUGCUGGAGCAGUACAGUCAUAACAAGUACCGACAAGCUUAUGACCUGUCUAGAGGGCAGCCUACUGCAAUCUCUACUGAAACCCCUGAAAUGAUUCGCAUCAAGAAGGCUCAGGAGCAGCUCAGUGAGGUUAAAUACCGCAUGGAGGGAAAUAAGGCUCGUAACCAAAGCUUGUAUGAUGGUGAAGCCAAGGAGGUCAUUCACGUCAAGCGUGUGUCUGACCUGAUCAGCAAGGUUCUAUACAGGCAGAAGUGGGAUGAGACCAAGGACAGGUACCUGCUGCCUCCUGAUGCUCCUGAGCUGGUCCUGGCUGUGAAGAAUGCUGCUAACUACAGCAAAAAACUUUACACUGAGGACUGGGAUGUGGAGAAGACCAUGUACUAUCCCUACAGUGACAGCCCAGAGCUGCGCAGGGUGGCAAAAGCUCAGGAGGUCCUCAGUGAUGUCCACUACAAGAAAGGUCAUGAUGAGCGCAAGGCCAAGUACACCUCCUUGGCUGAUCCUCCUGAGGUGGAGCUGGCAAAGAGAGUGGCCCAUCAGCGCAGCGAUCUUAAGUACAAGGAAGAUUACAAUAAAAAUGUGAAGGGCCAGUGGUGUGAGACGCCCUAUUUCGACGUAGCCAUUGCCAGAGUUGCGAUGGACAACCUUAGCAAUAGAAAAUACACGCAAGCAUUUGAGGACGAAAAAGACCAAAUUUAUUUCAUGCAAACAGAGACGCCUGUUUAUGACACAAACAAGAAGGCUCGCGUCGCUGCUAGUGAGGUCCAUUACAAAAAGGAAUACGAGAAAUCUAAAGCACAGUCUGACUACAACACUCUUCCUGCCACAGAGAAUCCUCUCCUCAGACAACUCAGAUACGCUGGCACCAUCCUCAGUGAUAAAGUAUACAAGGCCAGCUAUGAGAAAUCCCGGGGUUUCAGCAUCAACUACUGUGACACGCCCAAGUUCCAGAUGGACUCAGUUCUCAAACAGUUCUCUGAUGCACAUUACAAAGAUAAGUAUGAAAAUGAGGUGAAGGGCCACUACAUUGGCAGCUAUGAAGAUGUGUACAUGCUUCAUUGCCAGAAGAUGGAGGAAAUGAAGAAUGAGCAACUUUACAAAGCUGAAUAUGAAGACAUCAAAACACGGUGCUUCUUUCCUCAAACAGUUACACCUGAAUACGAAGCUAUUAAGGGCCUCGAUAAGUGUAAAGAUAAAGUUUACCGGCAACAUCCUGACAAGGUGAAAUUUACACAAGUGGUCGAUUCACCAGUUCUGGUUCAAGCCGCCAUCAACGCCAAGCAGCUUAGUGAUCUGAACUACAAAGCUGAUUACGAGCAAAUAAAGGUCAAGAACAGCCUACCCCCAGACUAUCCCUUCUUCAUCCAAUCCAGAGUAAACGCUUUUAACCUCAGUGAUAAUUGUUAUAGGUACGAAUGGGAGAAAUCCAAAGCAAAAAAGUUUGAGGUCAAGGGCGAUGCUAUCUCAAUCCUUGCUGCUCGUGCUCACACAAACAUUGCUAGUGAUGUUAAAUAUAAGAAGGAGUAUGAAAAGAACAAGGGGCAGAUGGUUGGAGCUCUCAGCAUCAACGACGAUCCCAAGAUCUUGCACUCUGUUCAUGUAGCCAAAAUCCAGAGUGAUCGGGAAUACAAGAAGGAUUAUGAAAAGAUAAAGACCAAGUACCAUACUCCUCUUGAUAUGAUAUCAGUCACCUUGGCGAAGAAGUCCCAAGCCAUUGCCAGCAUGGCUGGGUACAGAAGCAUCAGCACCAACUUCUUCCUCCCCUAUGACAGCGUCCUGUUGGACUUGGCUAAGAAAGCCAACAUCAUCCAGAGUGAUAAUGAAUACAAGUCUGACUACAACACCUACACUAAAGGGAGCCCCUGGAUUACCUUUGGCUCCAUGGAUGUUGAAAAGAAUAAGAGAGCCGCUGAGAUCCUUAGCGAGAGAAAAUACAGACAACACCCUGACACUAUCCCCUUCACGUCUAUUGACGACCAUCCCAUCCAACUGCAAGCCAAAGUCAACCAGCUACAAAGGAGUGAUCGGUUCUACAAGAGAGGUCUGGAGGAGAUCCAUCAGAAGUACUCUUUGCCUCCUGAUGUGCCUGAGCUUCUUCAGGCCAGGUGCAAUGCCUACAAUAUCAGCGAUAAAAACUACAAGUUCGCCUGGCAGGAGUUGAUUGCUAAAGGUUAUGACCUGAAGCCGGAUGCAAUUUCAGUUCUUGCUGCCAAAGCUGCCAGACACGCUGCCAGUGAUGUCCAGUACAAAAAAGCUUAUAUGAAGGACAGAGGCCACCAUGUUGGCUUCCGCAGCCUUCAGGAUGAUCCUCUGCUGGUUCACUACAUGGAGGUCGCCAAGAUGCAGAGUGACAAGAACUACAAGAAGGACUACCAUCAGGUUAAGCUGAAGUAUCACUCCCCAGUGGACAUGUUAAGUCUUGCACAUGCCAAGCAUGCCUCAGCUGUUCAGACCUUCGCUGGCUACAAGCAGCACCACCACAACUACUGUCUCCUGCCUGACUCAAUGGGUCUGGACCUUGCUCGAACCAUGAACUUCAAUUCCAGUGAUGUUAACUACAAGCAGGAAUACGAGACUGCAGUCAAGGGAACUGGCUGGGUUCCCAUUGGUUCCCUGGAGGUGGAAAGGGCCAAGGCAGCAGCAUCAGCCCUGGAUGAGAAGAAGUAUCGCCAGCACCCAAGCAAUUUCAAAUUCACCUGCACCACUGACUCAAUGAGCAUGGAGCUGGCUAAGACAAAUGCUAAGAUCAUGAAUGUGACAGAGUAUAAGGCCAGUGGAGAGAAGUUCAAACACACUUACCACCUCCCUGCUGAUGCUCCUGAACUGCUGCAAGCAAGAUACAAUGCCGUCAACAUCAGCCAGAAUCACUACACCUACGCCCAUCGUCGGGAUCUGCUCAAAGGACACCAUGUGAAAGAGGAUGCCAUCCCUGUUAUUGCAGCAAAAUCUUCCAGAGAUAUUGCUAGUAAUUACAAGUACAAGUUGGCUUAUGAGAAGGCAAAGGGACACCAUGUCGGCUUUCGCAGCCUCCAGGAUGAUCCUCUGCUGGUUCACUACAUGGAGGUUGCUAAAAUGCAGAGCGACAAGAACUACAAGAAGGACUACCAUCAGGUUAAGCUGAAGUACCACUCCCCAGUGGAUAUGAUGAGUGUCGUCCACGCCAAGCAUGCCUCAACUGUUCAGACCUAUGCUGGGUACAGAAAGAUCCCCCACAACUACCUGCUCCUGCCUGACAACAUGCAUCUGCAGCUGUGUCGCACCAUGAUGGACAUUCAGAGUGAUAACGCCUACAAGGCAGAUUACAACAACUUCUCCAAAGGCACUGGGUGGGUUCCCAUUGGUUCCCUGGAUGUUGAGAAGGCCAAAGCUGCCAAAUCCGCCCUGGAUGAAAGGGGCUACCGCCAGCACCCCAGUACACUUAAGUUCACAAGCAAGACUGAUAGCAUGAACAUGGCUCUGGCUAUGGCUAAUUCCAAGAUUUUGGACAAGGCUGCAUACAAAGCAUCUGGUGAGAAGUUCAUGCACACCUAUCAUCUGCCUGCUGACAGCCCUGAAUUCCUUCAGGCGAAGUUCAAUGCUCAGACCCUUAGCGAGAGUCACUACAAGCACAAGUGGCUGGAAACUAUUGCCAAGGGAUAUGACAUGAAGCCUGAUGCUAUUUCUGUUCUGCAUGCCAAGCAAGGCAGACACAUUGCCAGCAAUGUCCAGUACAAGAAAGAUUAUGAGAAGGCAAGAGGCCACCAUGUUGGCUUCCGCAGCCUCCAGGAUGAUCCUCUGCUGGUUCACUACAUGGAGGUGGCUAAAAUGCAGAGUGACAAGAACUACAAGAAGGACUACCACAAGAUUAAGCUGAAGUAUCACUCCCCAGUAGAUAUGAUGAGCGUUGUCCACGCCAAGCAUGCCUCAACUGUUCAGACCUAUGCUGGGUACCGGAAGGUUCCACACAGCUACCUGCUCCUGCCUGACAACAUGCAUCUGCAGUUGUGUCGCACCAUGAAUACCCAGACAAGUGAUUGCGAUUACAAAUCAGAUUGGAACAACUUUGUCCGAGGCAUCGGAUGGGUCCCUAUUGGCUCAAUUGGAGUUGAGACUGCUAAAGUUGGUGGUGACAUUCUGAGUGAGAGGAAGUAUCGUACUCAUCCAUCCAACUUCAAGUACUCCAAGCUGAUGGACUCCAUGGAUGUGGCCUUGGCUACUGCCAACAACCAGAUCAUGAACAAGAAAGCCUACACUGCAGCUUGGGAGAAAGACAAACUGAAAGUCCAUGUCAUGCCAGAUUCUCCAGAGAUUGUGCUGGCUAAGGCAAAUGCUAUCACCAUGAGCAAUAAACUUUACAAAGCUGGUGUUGUCGCGAUGGCCAACAAGGGUCACAACCUUAAAGCAGAUGCCAUCCCAAUUCAGGCUGCCAAGGCUGGCACCACUAUUGCCAGUAAUUACAAGUACAAGUUGGCUUAUGAGAAGGCAAAGGGCCACCACGUUGGCUUCCGCAGCCUCCAGGAUGAUCCUCUGCUGGUUCACUACAUGGAGGUUGCUAAAAUGCAGAGUGACAAGAACUACAAGAAGGACUACCACAAGGCUAAGCUGAAGUACCACUCUCCUGUAGAUAUGCUGAGUAUUAUUCAUGCCAAGCAGGCCUCAACUGCUCAGACCUUCGCUGGAUACAGACAGAUCCAGCACACUAAUGCUCUCCUACCUGAUGCCAUGAACUUUGUGUUGGCUCGCACUAUGAACACCCAGUCCAGUGAUUGUGAAUACAAAUCAGAUUGGAACAACUUUGUCCGAGGCAUUGGAUGGGUCCCUAUUGGCUCAAUUGGAGUUGAGACUGCUAAAGUUGGUGGUGACAUUCUGAGUGAGAAGAAGUACCGUACUCAUCCAUCCAACUUCAAGUACUCCAAGCUGAUGGACUCCAUGGAUGUGGCCUUGGCUACUGCCAACAACCAGAUCAUGAACAAGAAAGCAUACACUGCGGCUUGGGAGAAAGACAAGUUGACUGUCCAUGUCAUGCCAGAUUCUCCUGAGAUUGUCCUGGCCAAGGCUAAUGCUAUCACCAUGAGCAAUAAACUAUACAAAGCCGGUGUUGUAGCGAUGGCCAACAAAGGCUAUAACCUCAAAGCUGACGCUAUCCCAAUUCAGGCUGCCAAGUCUGGCACCACCAUUGCCAGCAAUUACAAGUACAAGUUGGCUUAUGAGAAGGCAAAGGGACACCAUGUCGGCUUCCGCAGCCUCCAGGAUGAUCCUCUGCUGGUUCACUACAUGGAGGUGGCGAAAAUUCAAAGCGACAAGAACUACAAGAAGGACUACCACAAGUCAAAGCUGAAGUAUCACUCCCCAGUGGACAUGAUAAGCAUUGUCCAUGCCAAGCAGGCCUCAGCAGCUCAGACUAUGGCUGGAUACAAGCAACAUAACCCUCACUACACUGUACUGCCUGAUGCCAUGAACCUGGAAUUGGCCCGUAACAUGCAAUUCAUCGCCAGUGAUAACCAGUACAAGAGUGAGUAUGAACACUUCUUCAAGGGAAUAGGAUGGGUACCCAUUGGAUCGUUGGAUGUUGAAAAGGCAAAAACCGCUGGCCAGAUCUUGAGUGAGCCCAGGUACCGUCAACAUCCAAGCAACUUCAAAUUCACCAAAGACAUGCAGUCCAUGGACAUCACAUUGGCCACGGCCAACAACCAGAUUAUGGAUAAGAGUGCAUAUAUAAAAGCCUGGGAGAAGGACAAAACUUUGAUCCACAUUAUGCCUGAUGCAAUGGACAUUGUUUUGGCCAGAGCGAACAAGAAGAAUGUUAGCGAGAAACUGUACAAACUGGACAAUGAACUGUCCAAGAAGAAGGGGCAUAAUUAUCGCGGUGAUGCAAUUGGAGUCCAGGCUGCCAAAGCCUCAACAACUAUUGCUAGUGAUUACAAGUACAAGGCAGGAUACCGCAAGCAGGUCGGCCACCACAUUGGGGCUCGCAGCAUCCAGGACGACCCCCUGCUCAUGCUGGCUCUGAACUCAGCCAGGAUUGCCAGCGAUGCUCUGUACAAGAAGGACUUCAACAAGUCCAAGACCAAGUUCAACCUGCCUGUGGACAUGAUGGCCUUUGAGCUGGCCAAGAAGAACCAGAUUCAGGUCAAUGACUUUAACUACAGAACUCAUCUGCAUAACUGGACCUGCCUGCCAGACUCCAAUGAUGUGGUCCAGGCCAGGCAUGCCUACGACCUGCAGAGCGAUGCUGUAUACAAGGAGGAUCUGAGGUCAUUGCAGGGUGUUGGAUGGGUGCCUAUAGGUUCACUGGAUGUUGAGAAGUCAAAGAAAGCUGGAGAGAUCCUGAGUGACAAACUGUAUCGUCAGCACCCAAGCAACUUCAAGUUUAAGUGCACCACUGAAGACAUGCCCAUGGUGUUGGCUAAGGCCAAUGCCCAGGUCAUCAACAAGAAAGCUUACACUGACGCCUGGGACAAAGUCAAGACUACCAUUCAUGUCAUGCCUGAUGCCAUGGAUAUUGUCCUGGCCAAAGCAAACAAAGUCAACUACAGUUUGAAAACGUACAAACAAGCAAAUGAAGAUGCCAAGAAGAAGGGAUACGACCUCCGUAAUGAUGCCAUUUCCAUCAUUGCAGCAAGGGCUUCGAGGGACAUUGCCAGCGAUUACAAAUAUAAGACAGGAUACCGCAAGCAGGUCGGCCACCACAUCGGUGCACGCAGCAUCCAAGAUGACCCUCUGCUCAUGCUGGCUCUGAACUCAGCCAAGAUUGCCAGCGAUGCUCUGUACAAGAAGGACUUCAACAAGUCCAAGACCAAGUUCAACCUGCCUGUGGACAUGCUGAAUCUUGAGCUGGCCAAGAAAUGCCAGAUUCAGGUCAAUGACUUCAACUACAGAACGCAUCUGCACCAGUGGACUUGUCUGCCAGACUCCAAUGAUGUGGUCCAGGCCAGGCACGCCUAUGACCUGCAGAGCGAUGCUGUAUACAAGGAGGAUCUGAGGUCAUUGCAGGGUGUUGGAUGGGUGCCUAUAGGUUCACUGGAUGUUGAGAAGUCAAAGAAAGCUGGAGAGAUCCUGAGUGACAAACUGUAUCGUCAGCACCCAAGCAACUUCAAGUUUAAGUGCACCACUGAAGACAUGCCCAUGGUGUUGGCUAAGGCCAAUGCCCAGGUUAUGAAUAAGAAAGCAUACGUGGAAGCCUGGGACAAUGAGAAGACAAAGAUCCAUGUCAUGCCGGAUGCUAUGGAUGUUCUUCUUGCUAAAGCCAACAGUGCCAACUUCAGCUAUAAACGGUACAAACAGGCAAAUGAAGAUGCCAAGAAGAAGGGUUAUGACAUGCGUGGUGAUGCCAUUUCCAUCCUCGCAGCCAGGGCCUCCAGGGACAUUGCCAGUGAUUACAAGUACAAGACAGGAUACCGUAAGCAGGUCGGCCACCACAUCGGUGCACGCAGCAUCCAAGACGACCCUCUGCUCAUGCUGGCUCUGAACUCAGCCAGGAUUGCCAGCGAUGCUCUGUACAAGAAGGACUUCAACAAGUCCAAGACCAAGUUCAACCUGCCUGUGGACAUGAUGGCCUUUGAGCUGGCCAAGAAGAACCAGAUUCAGGUCAAUGACUUCAACUACAGAACUCAUCUGCAUAACUGGACCUGUCUGCCAGACUCCAAUGAUGUGGUCCAGGCCAGGCAUGCCUAUGACCUGCAGAGCGAUGCUGUUUACAAGGAGGAUCUUAAGAUAAUGCAGGGUAUUGGGUGGGUGCCUAUAGGGUCACUGGAUGUUGAGAAGACAAAGAAAGCCGGGGAGAUUCUGAGUGAUAGGAAGUAUCGUCAGCACCCAAGCAACUUUAAAUUCAAGCUGUCCACUGAAGAUAUGCCCUUGGCAUUGGCAAAGGCAAAUGCCCAGGUUAUGAACAAGAAAGCAUACGUGGAAGCCUGGGACAAGGAGAAGUCCAACAUCCACAUCAUGCCAGAUGCUAUGGAUGUUCUGCUGGCCAAAGCCAACAAUGUCAACUACAGCUUGAAAUUGUACAAACAGGCUAAUGAAGAAGCAAAGAAGAAGGGUUAUGAUCUGCGCAAUGAUGCCAUCUCUAUCAUUGCAGCCAGGGCUGGAAGGGAUAUUGCCAGUGAUUACAAGUACAAGACAGGAUACCGCAAGCAGGUCGGCCAUCACAUCGGGGCUCGCAGCGUCCAGGAUGACCCUCUACUCAUGCUGGCCUUGAACUCAGCCAAGAUUGCCAGCGAUGCUCUGUACAAGAAGGACUUCAACAAGUCCAAGACCAAGUUCAACCUCCCUGUUGACAUGCUGAAUCUUGAGCUGGCCAAGAAAUGCCAGAUUCAGGUCAAUGACUUCAACUACAGAACUCAUCUGCACCAGUGGACUUGUCUGCCAGACUCCAAUGAUGUGGUCCAGGCCAGGCACGCCUAUGACCUGCAGAGUGAUGCUGUUUAUAAAGCUGACCUGAAGUGGCUCCAGGGCCUGGGAUGGGUCCCCAUUGGCUCGCUUGAGGUUGAAAAAGCCAAAAAGGCUGGAGACAUCUUAACUGAAAGAAAGUACCGCCAGCACCCCAGCACUGUUCCCUUUACCAGCACCACAGAGGCUAUGAACAUUGUUUUGGCAAAGAACAAUGCUUUGACCAUGAACAAGCGUCUCUACACUGAGGCUUGGGAGAAAGAGAAGACCAAAGUGCACAUUCAGCCUGACACUCCUGAGAUCCUCCUGUCUCAGCAGAAUGCCAUCAACAUGAGCAAGAAACUGUACAAACAAGGUUUUGAUGAGGCCAUCAAGAAAGGUUACUUCCUUCCACCUAAUGCAGUGUCUGUCCUGGCUGCUAAGGCUUCCAGGGACAUUGCCAGUGACUACAAGUACAAGACAGGAUACCGCAAGCAGGUCGGCCACCACAUCGGAGCUCGCAACGUACAGGAGGAUCCUCUGAUCAUGCUGGCUCUGAACUCUGCCAAGAUUGCCAGCGAUGUUCUGUACAAGAAGGACUUCAACAAGUCCAAGACCAAGUUCAACUUGCCUGUUGACAUGCUGAAUCUUGAGCUGGCUAAGAAAUGCCAGAUUCAGGUCAAUGACUUCAACUACAGAACUCAUCUGCACCAGUGGACUUGUCUGCCAGACUCCAACGAUGUGGUCCAGGCCAGGAAGGCAUAUGAUUUGCAGAGUGAUGCUGUGUACAAAGCUGACAUGGAUGAGGUCAUUGGCAUUGGAUGGAUCCCAAUAGGUUCAGUUGAUGUGGUCAAAGCUAAGAAUGCUGCAAACAUCCUCAGUGAACGUCUCUACAGACAGAAACCAGAUUCAUUCAAAUAUAAAACUGACAUGACUGCCAUGCCCAUGGUGUUGGCCAAAACUAACGCAGAGACCAUCAACAAGAAAAACUACAUUGCUGCUUGGGAGGCAGACAAGAUUAAGACUCACGUGACACCAGACCUUCCUGAGAUUCUGCUCUCUAGAGCCAAUGCUUACAACAUCAGCAGGAAACUGUACAGGGAAGGAGUUGAGGAGAUUUUCAGAAAGGGCUACGACAUGAAGGCUGAUGCUGUCUCCAUCAUUGCUGCCAAACAUGGCAGAGAAAUCAUCAGCGAUUACAAAUAUAAGACAGGAUACCGCAAGCAGGUCGGCCAUCAUAUCGGGGCUCGCUGCGUAGAGGAGGAUCCUCUGAUCAUGCUGGCUCUGAACUCUGCCAAGAUUGCCAGCGAUGCUCUGUACAAGAAGGACUUCAACAAGUCCAAGACCAAGUUCAACUUGCCUGUUGACAUGCUGAAUCUUGAGCUGGCCAAGAAAUGCCAGAUUCAGGUCAAUGACUUCAACUACAGAACUCAUCUGCAUAACUGGACCUGCCUGCCAGACUCCAAUGAUGUGGUCCAGGCCAGGAAGGCAUACGAUCUGCAGAGCGAUGCUGUUUACAAGGCUGACAUGGAAUGGGUCAAGGGAACCGGUUGGGUACCAAUAGGUUCAGUGGAUGUGGAGAAAGCCAAGAAAGCAGCAGAGAUCCUGAGUGAAAGGAAGUACCGUCAGCAUCCCAGCAUCUUCAAAUUCACUGCUAAGACAUGCGACAUGCCUUAUGCUCUUGCUCAGGCUAAUGCCCAAACAAUGAACAAGAAAGCUUACAUUGAGGCUUGGGAGAAGGAUAAGACCAACCUUCACGUCAUGCCUGACACCCCUGAGAUCGUCCUGGCCAAGCAGAAUAAACUCAAUACCAGUCUGAAAUAUUAUCGUGAAGGCUAUAUGGACACCAUCAACAAAGGCUACUUCCUUCCCAAAGAUGCCAUCUCUGUUCUCUCAGCAAAGGCCUCAAGAGACAUCGUCAGUGAUUACAAGUACAAGGCUGGCUUCCGCAAGCAGUGUGGGCAUCACAUUGGCGCCCUCAGUGUAGCUGAUGACCCACUGCUUGUGUUGGCCGCACAUGUAGCCAAGAUCUCCAGUGACAAUGUAUACAAGAAGGACUUCCACAAGACCAAAACCAAGUACAACCUGCCAGUGGACAUGCUGGCAAUUGAACUAGCCAAGAAGUGCCAGGUUCAAGUGAACGACUUUAACUACAGAACUCACCUGCACCAGUGGACCUGCCUGCCAGACUCAAAUGAUGUUGUCCAGGCCAGAAAGGUCUACGACUUAAGGAGUGAUGCUGUAUACAGAGCUGAUCUGGAGUGGCUGAAAGGAUGUGGCUGGUCCCCUCACGAAUCUGUGGAUGUCGUCAAAGUUAAACAUGCCCAGACUAUUCUUAAUGACAGGCUUUACCGCCAGCCACCAAGCACUGUGAAGUUCACCAGUGUGGUCGACCUCCCUGCUAUCGUCCUGUCCAAGCAGAAUGCAGACAACAUCAGUGAUAGGAAAUACAAGGAAGUUUGGGAAAAGGACAAGCUCUCCAUCCAUCUGCCACCUGACACCCCAACUUUUGAACUGUCUAAAGCUAAUGCUGUCAACAUCAGCAAUAAACUGUACACAAAGGCAUGGGAUGACCAGAAGGCCAAGGGUUACCAUAUCAAGGAGGAUGCUAUCGCUGUCCUGAAGGCUAAAGCUUCCAGAGAUAUCAUUAGUGAUUACAAGUACAAGACAGGAUACCGUAGGCAGGUUGGCCACCACAUUGGUGCUCGCUGUGUAGAAGAGGAUCCUCUGAUCAUGCUGGCUAUGAACUCAGCCAAGAUUGCCAGCGAUGCUCUGUACAAGAAGGACUUCAACAAGUCCAAGACCAAGUUCAACCUCCCUGUUGACAUGCUGAAUCUGGAGCUGGCCAAGAAAUGCCAGAUUCAGGUCAAUGACUUCAACUACAGAACUCAUCUGCACCAGUGGACUUGUCUGCCAGACUCCAAUGAUGUGGUCCAGGCCAGGAAGGCAUAUGAUCUGCAGAGUGAUGCUGUGUACAAAGCUGAUAUGGAGUGGCUGCGUGGAUGUGGAUGGAUGCCACAUGAAUGUGUGGAUGUGAUGAAAGUGAAGCAUGCACAGAAGAUCCUGGCUGACAAAGGCUACCGUGUCAAGUUGGAUGAACAGAAAUACAUUGUUCCAACUGACAGAGUUGAUAUAGUCUGCGCCAAGAAUGCUGCCGAUGUCCUCAAUGAGGCCAAAUAUCGGGAGGCCUGGCACCAGGACAAGACCAAAUAUACACUGACUGAGACUCCAGUACUUGCCACAGCCAGAGAGGUGGCCAAGAACGUUCACCCUCACCUGUACACCAAGGAAUGGGAUAAGGUCAAAGCCACAGGCUAUUACAUGCCUGGAGAUGCUGUACCAAUCAAGCAGUGCAUCCACACGACUAAAGUUCAGAGUAAGCACCAUUAUCUUGAGGGAUACCGUAAGCAGGUUGGCCACCACAUUGGUGCUCGCUGCGUUCAGGACGACCCUCUUCUGGUGCUUGCUGUGAACUCAGCCAAGAUUGCCAGUGAUGCCCUGUACAAGAAGGACUUCAACAAGUCCAAGACCAAGUUCAACCUCCCUGUUGACAUGCUGCAGUUUGAACUGGCCAAGAAAUGCCAGAUGCAGGUCAAUGAUGACAUCUACAGAACCCGUCUGCACCAGUGGACUUGCAUGCCGGACCAGAACGAUGUCAUCCAGGCCCGCAAAGCCUAUGAUCUGCAGAGUGAUAAUGUGUACAAGGCUGAUCUGGAAUGGCUCCGUGGCUGCGGCUGGUGUGCAGCUGACUCUGUUGACCACGUAAAAGUCAGAAAGGCUCAAGAGAUUCUUAAUGAUAGGAUAUACAAGAAGAACGCAAAAGAAUGCUUCGGUAAAUUCACCCUGGUUGUAGACCGUCCUGAGAUUGUCCUGGCCAAGAUCAAUGCUGCAAACCUCAGCGAUCUGAAAUACAAAGAGACGUUUAAUGCAGAGAAGGGCAUUUACAUUGGUUCAGAAGACACUCCUCAGCUGGCCCAUAGUAGAGAGGUGUCAAAGAUCAUCAGUGAGAAACUCUACAAACAGACCUGGGACAACACUAAGGCUACAAGCUACCAGCUGAACCAUGAAUACAUCCCACUUCUUAGUGGCAAGAAGGGCAGGGAGAUCGCAAGUGAUGUCAAGUACAAGGAUUUGCAUGAGAAGGCUAAAGGUCAUUACAUGGCAGGAACCCUGGUGGACUUCCCUGAAGUGAUGCGCUGUGGAGACCAGGAGAAGAACAAGGGACUGAGGCUCUACCAGAAGGACUACCAUCAUACCAAGACCAAGACCCACAUCCCCCCUGACAUCAUUGCUAACCAGGUGGCUAAGCGUUGUCAGGACAUGCUGAGCGAUGUGCUCUAUCGUACCUACCUGCACCAGUGGACCUGCCAUCCUGAGCAGGAGGACGCCAUCCGUGCCCGCAAGACCAAUGAGAUUCUUAGUGAUGUGUUCUACAAAGAUGACUUGAACUGGAUGAAGGGUAUUGGUUGUUAUGUCUGGGACACACCAGAAAUUGUGCGUGCCAAGAAGUCCUACGAGCUUCAGAGUGAUCUGAAAUACAGAGACUCAGCCAAGAAGGAAUUCAACAACUACUCCAUUGUGACAGAUACCCCAGUGUAUGUGACUGCUGUCCUGGGUCACACCUGGGCCAGUGAACUCAACUACAGAGAGGCUUACCAGAAGGAGAAGCACCUGUACACCACUGUUCUGGACACCUACGACUAUGCCAGAUGCCACAACUUCAAGCAUUUCUUCAGCAAUAAAAACUACACUGCUGCCUGGGACAAAAUCAAAGCCAAGAGCUACCAGAUUCCUCAUGACUCCCAUGCCCUUCAACACGCCAAACACCAGAAAGUCAUUCUUAGCAGCGUGAAGUACAAGGAGGAUUAUGAGAAGUUCAAAUCCCUCUACAGUCUGCCCAAGUCUCUGGAGGACGAUCCUUCCACUGCUCGCUGUGUCAAGGCUGGAAAGCUGGUCCUGGACCGUCUGUACAAGGAGAACUAUGAGAAGACCAAGGCCAAGAACCACAUCCCACCAGACAUGCUGGAGAUCCUCUCCGCCCGCAACACCCAGUCCACCGUCAGUGGAAUCCACUACCGCAAGUAUCUGCACCAGUGGAUCUGCCUCCCUGACAUGCAGGUGUAUGUCCAAGCACGCAAAGUCAACGAGCAGCUCAGUGACAUCUUCUACAAAGAUGACCUGAACUGGCUGAAGGGUAUCGGCUGCUAUGCCUGGGACACACCUGAGAUCCUCCGUGUAAAGCAUGCUGGAGAUCUCCAGAGUGAGCAAAAGUAUAGAGCCAAGGGUAUUGAAGCUUUCAAGGACUACUCAGUGGUGACGGAUACUCCAGUGUAUGAGACAGCCAAGCAGAACGCUGUUAACCUCAGUGAUCUGCACUACCGCUACGACUACAAUACCAACGUCAAGGGCACCUGCACCGCUCCUGCUGUCACCAUCGACACAGAGAGAGCACGCCUGGCUAACUACAUCCAGAGUGAUAACUUGUACAAGGAGGCCAACAAGAACUUCAUGCCCACUGGUUACUCUCUGCCCCAUGACACCCCGCUCAUUAAGCAGGUGAAGAUGAACAGCAUCAUCACCAGUAAUGUGAAGUACAAGGAGGCCUUUGAGAUGACAAAGGCCAAGGCCUACACCCUUCACCCAGAGGGCGUCAACUUUGUCGGUGCAAGGAAGGCUCACAAGAUCGUCAACGAUCGUCUGUAUCGUCAGGACUACCACAAACAGAAGGACAAGAUCCACACAACCUACGACACUCCUGACAUCAAACAAGUCAAGAUGAACCAGGAGCACCUCAGUGAUCUAUGGUACAAAGAGAAAUACUACAACAGCAGAGGACAGCUGAUCUCUCUGCCCAUCACACCCCAGCUGAUGCACUGCUACCAUGUCAAUGAGAUCACCAGUGAGCUGAAAUAUAAAGAGGAUCUGAUGUGGCUGAGAGGUGUUGGCUGCUUCCUGUACGACACCCCUGAGAUGGUCCGCAUACGCAACAUCACCAACUUCAGGGUGAACUAUCCAGUGGAGGCCAAGAAGAACUAUGCCAACUUCUCUGUGGUUCUGGACACACCUGAGUACAAACGUGUGACGGAGCUCAAGACCCACAUGAGCGGCAUGAUCUAUAAAGCCCAGAGUAAGCAGGAGAUGGCAAAGGUCACCACCACUGCAGACUGUGUGGACUUCAAACGAGUCAAAUGGGCCCAGCAGCUGACUAACUCUUACAUGUACAAAGACCUGGCAGCCAAGGAGAGGGCUCAUUUUACUCAAGAAAUUGAGACUCCAGUCAUGGGCCAUACCAGGAAAAUGAAAGUGGUUCAGAGUGAGAACAAAUACAAAGAGCAGUAUGAGAAGAUGAAGCACAGAUACACAGCCAUUGCUGACACUCCUAUCCUGAUCCGUGCCAAGAAGUCCUACCUCCAGUCCAGUGAUCUGCGUUACAAAGAGACCUUUGAGCUCUCUAAAGGCCAUUACCACACAGUCAAGGAUGCUCUGGACAUCACCUACCACCGCAGAGUCACUGAUGACGUCAGUGAGGUUAAAUACAGGGAGAAGUACAUCAACUCUCUGGGUACAUGGAAGUCCAUUCCUGACCGUCCUGAGUUCUUCUUUAGCAAGAUUGUCAACGACAACGUCAGCAACGUCAAGUACAAGGAGGACCUGGAAUGGCUGAGGGGUAUUGGCUGCUUUGUGUGGGACACACCUGAGCUGGUGCUGGCUGAGAACAACAAGACGCUGUACAGUGAAAGACUGUACAAAUCCUCCUUUGAGAAGAACAGAGGAAACUUCAAGUACACUUGUGAUACUCCGUUCUUCGAGGCCACCAGGAAUGCCUCCAAUCUCAUCAAUGAAAAAAGGUAUAAAUCCAAAGCAAGGAAUCUGCUAAAGAGUGGCUGCAAUGAGCUGCGCCGCCCUGACAUCCUCACAGCCAUGUACUCGACCACUAUGGGCAGUAAGUGGAGGUACAGGGAGCAGUAUGAGCGUGCCAAGGACAAGUUCACGUCUAUUCUGGAGACUCCUGAGUAUGAGGCCCACAGACGCAGCAAGAAAAUCAGUGAUAUCAUUUACAAGAUGGAGUACCACAAGACCAAGGCAAAGGGAUACACCCUGCCAUAUGACACUCCAUACCAGCAGCACAUGAAGAAGGUCAAGGAGAUCACCAGCAACCUGAAGUACAAGGAGGUGUAUGAGAAGAGCAAAGCCCAGAUCAACAUGGACCCUGAGGCUCGUGAGAUCCGUGCUGCCAAGGAAGCCUACAAAAACAUCAGCAAUCUUGACUACAAGAAGAAGUAUGAAGCCACUAAAAUGAAGUGGAUGUGGACCACAGACAGACCCGACUUUGUCAACGCUGCCAAGAACUCCAUGCAGCAGAGCGAUGUUGAGUACAAGUAUGACAAAGAGAUAAUGAAGGGCUGUGUGAUUCCUGUAACUGAUGACAAGUUAACCCUCCUGGCUACGAAGAACACAGAACUGACCAGCACAGUGAAGUACAAAGAGAAGUAUGAGAAGGCAAAGGGCCACUAUAUGCCUGUCCUAGACACUCCUCAAAUCCUUCAUGCUAAGGCUGUGCGCGUUCUGGCAUCAGAGAGCAAAUACAAGGAGGCCAGCAAGAAGGAAAUGCAGUCCGGCUCAUUCACCACCCUGAGUGAGACCCGUGACACCGCCCACAGCAGACAAGUCAACAAGCUUGUCAGCGGGAAAGUGUACAAGAGCAAGUAUGAGAAGGAGAGAGGCAAGUCAAUCUAUAAUGUGAUGACUGCUCCACCUGAUGUUCAGCACGCCAUGGAUGUGGCCAAGAACGCGAGCAACGUCUCCUACAAGAAGGAUGCCAGAGCCAACCUGAGCUACACGACUGUCAUUGACCGUCCUGACAUAAAGAAGGCUACCCAGGCCGCCAAGCUGAUCAGUGCGGUCGGCUACCGUGAAAAAGCUCGUGAAGAGGCUGCCCGUGGAGGUUCCUUGGUGCACCGUCCAGACAUCACUCUGGCCACCGAAGUGUCCAAGCUAACCAGUCAGGUGGAGGCCAAGCCCUCCCUCCAUGGAGCAGCUUCCUAUGAUACCCCGAUGAUGCGCCACAUUAAGAAAAUGAGUGCCCUGACUAGUGAUGUGAAGUACAAGGAGAAGUUUGACAAGGAGAUGAAAGGAAAGAAACCACAAUAUGACCUGAAGACCAGUAAGAUUUACAAGACAUUGAAGGAUGCCAAUGAACUUGCUAGUGUGGUGAAGUACAAGGGAGACCUGAAGAAGAUCCACAAGCCUGUGACCGACAUGGCCGAGUCUUUGUCUAUGCAGCACGGCUUGAGCACCAGCAAACUGGCCAGCGACGUGAAAUACAAGGAGAAGUAUGAGAAAGAGAAAGGCAAGCCCAUGCUGGACUUUGAGACUCCCACGUAUGUGACUGCUAAGGAGGCCCAGCACAUGCAGAGCCAGAGAGAGUACAGGAAGGAUCUAGAAGAGGGGGUGAAGGGUAAAGGGCUCACUGUACUGGAGGAAACUCCGGAGCUUUUGAGAGCAAGGAAUGCCACUCAAAUCCUGUGUGAGAGAGAGUACAAGAAAGCGCUUGAGCAGGAGAUCAAAGGCAAGGGAAUGUUGGCUUUGGCUACAGACACUCCAGACUUCAUGAGGGCCAGGAAUGCUACUGACAUCCUCAGCCAGACCAAGUAUAAGCAGACUGCUGAGAUGGACAGGGCCAGCUACACUACAGUCAUCGACACCCCAGACAUCAUCCAUGCUCAGCAGAUGAAGAAUAUUGUCAGCCAGAAAAAAUACAAAGAGGAGGCUGAGAAGACCAUGUCUCACUAUGUACCAGUGCUUGACACUCCAGAGAUGCAGAGAGUCCGUGAGAACCAGAAGAACUUCAGCACUCUUCAAUACCAGAUUGACCUUAAAAACAUAAAGGGCAAAGUGUCUACUGUACAGGACACUCCUGAAAUGCUUCGUGUUAAAGAGAAUACAAAGAAUUUCAGCUUGAUAAAAUACAAGGACACCCCGGCUCGAAGCACAGCUAUCCCGGACCUCCCGGAGGUGCAGCGGGUCAAACAAACCCAGAAGCACAUCAGCUCGGUGUUGUAUAAAGACAGUUCAAUCAAAGGAACUCCUGUGGUCUUUACUCCAGAGAUGGAACGAGUCAAAAGGAACCAAGAAAACAUUAGCUCGGUGCUGUACUCUGACAGUUUCCGUAAGCAGGUUCAGGGCAAGGCCGCCUUCGUCCUGGACACACCUGAGAUGAGGCGCGUCAGGGAGACCCAGCGUAUCAUUUCUGGGGUGAGAUACCACGAGGACUUUGAGAAGAGCAAGGGCAGCUUCACUCCCACCACCUCUGACCCGGUGACCGAACGCGUGAAGAAGGUCACUCAGGACUACAGCGACAUCAGUUACCGUGGCAUCCAGAGACGUGUGGUGGAGAUGGAGAGGAGACGUGCCAUCGAGCACGACCAGGAGACCAUCACUGAUCUGCGUGUGUGGCGUACAAAUCCCGGCUCUGUGUUUGACUAUGACCCUGCUGAGGACAACAUCCAGUCCAGGAGUCUGCACAUGAUGUCAGUUCAAGCUCAGCGUCGCAGCAAGGAGCAUUCUCGCUCCACCAGCGCCCUGAGCGGCCUGGCCGAUGAAAAGUCUGAGGUUUCCCAGGACGCCGACCACCACAUGUCCCUCUACAGCAAUGGCUUCAUGGCCUCCUCUAUGGGCUACCAGACUGCUAAGACUGUUGAACUGCAGCAGAGAUCUUCAUCUGUGGCUACUCAGCAGACCACUGUCUCCUCUAUCCCCUCACACCCCUCUACCACCGGAAAAACUGUGCGUGCCAUGUACGACUACAUGGCAGCCGACAGCGACGAGGUUUCCUUCAAAGAUGGCGACGUCAUCGUAAAUGUGCAGUCUAUUGACGAGGGCUGGAUGUACGGUACCGUGCAGCGCACUGGGAAGACCGGCAUGCUGCCCGCCAACUAUGUUGAAGCAAUCUAAAGACAGAGCCCGCCCAUCGUCCCUCCAGAGUGGGCGAGAUGCAUCCACAAAGAAAACUGAUUACAUCUGUGGCUUAGUGCAAUGUGUAGCUUUUAGCUCCUAUCUGUAUUUGAAUUGUGUUGUUGUUCUUGUUUGGUCUGUUCUCAUUCAUAUGCUGCUGCUCCUGUUGCCUGUGGAUGUGACAUAAACAUCAUGACGUGACUCAUAUAAAUGCUUCUAAUUAUACAUACUAUAAGCGAAGGACUAUUUAUAUGGUUUUAAGACUACAUGGGAAAAAAAUACUUACUAACAAACAUCCUGGCCCAUUACUGUGUAAAUUUUAAAAUACUUCUAUAAAUAUACAUAUAUAAAUAAAUCCAUUACCCAGAUCCUUAUGAAAACAAAGGGCUCAAGUAGUUCUAGCUCUACAGUUAAGCUUUUAAAAUUUUACAGGGAGAAAAGUGAUGAAGUAAUGAAACUAAAGGAGUCAGUUACCAUCUACCUCCUACUUCUAAAGAGUUGUACCAGACGAGCCUCAGUCUUCCCUCCUUGAUACUGAAGGCUAACCUCUAAUAAAUGUGUGUUUUUUGUGUCUUCAGAUUAUGUAGGUCCUGGAGUGAAUCACAUCCUCUACCUUUAAUCAGUAGCUAAUAAAGCACACCAAGCGCCUGCA